CAGGUUUAUGCGCUGGAGCAUCAUCAACAUGUGCGCACGCGGCGUUAUGUCAAUCACUCCAAGACGAAGACGGUGGACGACUGUUUGCCGGUGAUACCGUCCGACGGUUUGGGGUCAAUAUUUUCGUUUUAUUUCUUUAUCUCGGACGGCAAGAACGCGUACAGAUAAACGUGAGGUGCUACAAUUGAAGGGCCAGACGAUGAGCGAAACCUCAGUAACGAUUCAACCGAUGGACGGUGCGGAACAACGUGGAUCGACGAUCGAAGCAUACCAGAUGGCUUCAACGACGGCGAGCGCUCCGGUGACGGUGACGGUCGAUAGUUUCGGCACAGUGGCGCACCCGAAAACGGGCACGACCGAGACGGUGAAACGGUUUACUUGGCGAAACCGGGCCGGAGUAACGGUACAAGCCAUCACGUACGGUGCCAUCAUCACCUCGAUACAGGUGCCCGAUCGUAAGGGGCGGUUCGAUGAUGUGGUGCUCGGUUUCGAUGAUAUUUCCGGGUACCAAACAGCGAACAAUCCGUACUUUGGGGCCACAAUCGGACGAAUUGCUAACCGGGUAGGCGGUGGGCGCUUCACACUGAAUGGCCAGGAGUAUCAGGUGACGAGAAACUUCGAAAACCGCCAUCAACUGCAUGGCGGUGCGAUCGGAUUCGAUAAGUACAACUGGGAAUCGCAUGUCGAGGGACCGGUCGUUACGCUCUCCCAUACGUCCCCGGACGGAGACGAAGGCUAUCCGGGAGCCGUGAUUGUUAGUGUGCGGUACGAGCUGAAGGAAGACAAUCGUUUCGUGGCCGAGUUCCGGGCGGUUUCGACCAAACCGACACCCAUCAAUUUGACCAACCAUUCGUACUUCAAUCUGGCGGGACACGGUACCGGCCACGAGGAGAUCUAUCGGCACGUGGUGAGUGUGAAUGCGGACAAGAUUACCGAGACGGAUGCGGAUUCGAUACCGAGCGGCAAGUUGAUUCCGGUCGGUGGCACGCCACACGAUUUGCGCAGUCCGCGCGAACUUGGACCGGCCAUGUCGAAGACCCCGAACGAAGGCUACGAUGAAAACUUUUGCAUCACGAAGGGCACGGAGCAGGGACUGGCAUUUGUUUCGCGCACCGUCCAUCCCCACAGUGGUCGCGUGAUGGAGGUGUAUAGUGAUCAACCCGGGGUGCAGCUCUACACGAGCAACUUUAUGCCGGAUCCCAACAAAAAUAUACGGCCACGAGCAGAGAAUGCUGCGGAUUACUACGAAGUGACGCGCCUUGAGCCGAUCGUCCGGGAAGGUGAAGCCGUUCAACCGAUACGCGGAAAAGGCGGUGCUAAGUACUUUAAACAUGGGGCUUUCUGUUUCGAAACUCAAAACUAUCCCGAUGCCAUCAAUCACGCUAACUUUCCGUCGUCCGUGCUGAAUCCUGGGGAACAGUACGUGCACGAGGUGCACUACAAGUUCGAUGUGCUGCGUGAUUGAUCAUGAGCGGACAUCUAGUGGUUUCGUUGCGUGAAAUGUAUUUGCAAAAAAGUAAUACUUAUUCGUUGUAUGGUUUGAGAGAAUCCAAUGUUCCUAGCCAUUUCUGUCAUUUGUUUUAAAUUUGCUUAUUACGCGCCAUGGCAGUAAUCCUUUUCAGUUUUCGCUUCCGCAACUGUCUGAUGGAAUCGCUUUUGCUGCUGCCAAUCCAAUCUAUCUGCAGCAAAUCUUCAUGUAUCCAUUAGUUCUACUCUCACAUUAGUCCGAGAUACAAAAACCAUGCGGACCAAAUCUAAAAAUCUACUUUUAUCUAUGGCGCUGGCACUGCAUUUCUGAUCUAUUGCUGUAUUCCAUUUUGUCAAAACUGAUAUUCGUUAACUUUAAUAAAAAAAAAUCGCUUACUGUUAAUGAUAUUCUUCAACCAAAUAGAUGGCAUAAACUUCGAUCCACUCCACGAAAACUUUC